GCCCGCGUCUGCACUUGUGCGAUCUUGGAGAGAAGCCGGGCUGCGGAGUUCCGGAGGCACGGCCAGGAAUACAAUGAGAAGGGCGUGGAUAGGGAGGGGUUUGCCCCAAGCCCUUAAAAUAAGGCUCAGGCCUGAGCGCUGCUGCCGCAGCCAGGCUCACCUGCGACUCCCGGCUGGCGUCCACAGCCCUGCUCCGUGAGAGGCUCGCCGCAGCAUGGCCACCCCCAAGCGGUUUCCAACGCUGGUGCAGCUGGAGCAGUGGGAAGAGACGCUAUUCCAGGUGCUCAGUAACACCACCAAGCGGCCCUACUGGUUCCACACCGAGUACCUUAACAGUCCGAAGGCAGUUCAUCUUGAGGCGUGGCUGGUGGAAGCGAUCUUUGGCCCGGGCGGAGAGCACAUCCCUCACGUCGAGUGUGUGUCGCAGACCCUGCUUCGCGUUAAUCAGUGGGACCCUGAAGGCGAGGCCGAGAUCUUGAUAUUUGGUCGGCCUUCUUAUCAGAAGGACGUGUCCGAGAUGAUCAUGAACUUGGCUUACUACCACCGCCAACUCCGGAGGCAAAGCUCAGGGGGGAUCGCUGCUCAAGAGACCGAGCCCCAGAGCUCCCCCGCUGCGGUUCUGGAAGCGGAGACCCAGAGCUCCCCGGACGCCGCCCCGGAGGCGGCCACCCCCGGGUCCCCCGACGCUACCCAGGUCCCAGUUCCCGGGUUAUGAAGUCAUUUCGGGGCCCGGGGUGAGAGCCAGGCAAGGUUCAAAUGGAAACCCCUAUCGAGAAGAUGUGAAUUGCUCUUAGUUUCCCCUCCUCAUGUCCCCCCUCCCCCCAUGUUAAAUGUUUGCAAACACGAAUUUAAAAAGGCCUAACAAAGACUAGAACUUCCCUAAUAAAGAGUCGAACUUC